ACACGAUCAAUAAUCAUUGUGUUGAUUGAUCGGUGCACAUGAACCAAACUGUACAGAGACAACGUCACCGCCGUGUUGCCUCUGAUGUGGCGCAGUAAUAUGACGCAGCACAGCCGGAAGCGGCCCAGAAGUGUUCGGGUCCCGUGUUCAGAGCACCUGUGAACGAUGGAGCUUCAGCCUGCCCGAACAGAAACUGUGGCAGAGGGAGGAGGAGGGCAGAAGGAGGUGAUGAAGAGGAGACGUGAGGAGGAGGAGGAGGAUGACGUCCCCACCAAGAAGCUGUUUCAGGUGACUGAUCACAGCGUCAAAGUGGCGAGUCACUACAACAGCCUGCAGGAAGUCGGUUUGGCUGCUCGAAGUCGAAGCAGAAUCUUCUUCAUGAGAAACUUCAACAACUGGCUGAAGAGUGUCCUGAUCGGUGAGAUCCUGGAGCAGGUGCGGCGGGCGGGUUCUCAGCGGCUGUCCGUGUUGGACCUCGGGUGUGGAAAAGGAGGAGACCUGCUGAAGUGGAGGAGAGGAGGGAUCAGUCACCUGGUCUGCGCAGAUAUCGCUGGAGUGUCGGUGGACCAGUGUCAGAGUCGGUACGAAGACAUGAAGAAGAAAAGUCACGCCAACGAGAAAAUCUUCAGCGCUCAGUUUAUCACCGCGGACUGCACCAAGGAGGUUUUGUCGGAGAAGCUGGACGACCCUCAGCUGAUGUUUGACGUCUGCAGCUGUCAGUUUGUUUAUCAUUACUCGUUUGAGAGUGAGCAGAAGGCCGACAUGAUGCUGAGAAACGCCUGCGAGCGUCUGAAACCAGGAGGUUUCUUCAUCGGCACGACGCCGGACGCCUUCGAACUCGUGAAGCGUUUGGAGGCCUCGGACUCUCUGACGUUUGGUAACGAGGUUUUUAAAGUCUCCUUUGAGUCCAAGGGUUCCUACCCCCUGUUCAGAUGUCAGUAUCACUUCAGCCUGGAGGACGUGGUCGACGUUCCAGAGUUCCUCGUCUACUUUCCUCUUUUCGAACACAUGGCUAAGCGUUACAACAUGCGUCUGGUGCUGAAGCAGAGGUUCUCCGAGUUCUUCCAGGAGAAGGUGAAGAAGGAGCAGCAUCGCAGCCUCAUGAUGAAGAUGAUGGCUCUGGAGCCGUUUCCCUGUGAGGAUGGAGGUCGACAGGCCACCGACGGCAGGGCAGAGUACAGCCAUGCUAAAGAGCACUGCAGCAGAGCCGGAGGGAAGCAGCCGCUGGGCACGCUGAGCCGGUCCGAGUGGGAGGCGACCAGCAUCUACCUGGUGUUUGUCUUUCAGAAGAUGUCCUGAUACAGAAAACUCACCUGCUGCUCCUCACCUGUUCUCCGUCUUGUUUUUGUACAGCGUUUAUUUCAGGUCUGUUUUUGAUAAGCUAUGAACUGUGUGAAUUAAAACUAAAUCUAAAAUC